AUGACAACACAAGUCAGGUCAAAUGUCAUUGAAAACCACUUUGAUCUGUCUCAGUAUUUUCAGUAUGAUGGGGAAAAAUCCAUCCAUGAAAGAUCUUCCUGGGAGCUUGCUCCAUAUGACUGUAGUUCACAAUUGAAAACACUGAAGAAUGUCGCUUCAAUAAUCAUGCUGUAGAGUGUAGAGUGGUUUGAUUUACAACACAAUUUUUUAUUUUGGACAAGGCCAAAGCACUCCCUAUUACAAUAUGGAGUAAAAAUACCAUCAUUUACAUCAUAAUGGGAGAAACGCAAUAAAGGGUGCGAGUCAGCAGAGAAACGGACAAAAAAGUAUGGGCAAUCGGAGAACAGGGUACAGGAAGCAGAAGAUUGUAACCCCCCCAGUCCCCCCUCCCCACCUUCACCUACUUAAAACCAAGAUAAAAAUUUAUGACACUGCAUUUAAUGUCAGAAUGCAUUCCAGCUACUAUGGAUUGUACAACUGCACUUACAAUUCCCUAACAAAAUACAACAAAUAAUAUUUAAUAACUGUAAGUAAUGUCUACUUCUAUUCAUUAAAUGCAUUUUCUGUUUAUAGCACUCAAACGUAUUCAAAACACUCGUGAGUGGGAUGCAGCUCCAUGUGAGUAUAACAUUUCAAUACUUUUAAGUACACUGAUUGUUAUUCUUUUCAAAAGUAUUCAUAUCAAUGUGAUCAGCAAAAAUAUUAUUGUGAACACCUAAAACGAUGCCACAAAUGUUACACUAAACACUUCAAUAUUCAUAAAACAAUAAUGACAGAUUUUUUAUUUUUAUUAUUAAACAGAUAAUCGACACACCUGUAGAAGCAAAACUUAAAGGUAACAAUAAACUAGUAACUAGAAAUAAGCAAAGGUUUAGAGAGCAUGACUGAAGGUGACAACAAUCAGAGGUACAAAUGCUUUUGCGCCAUUAGUCUGCUUUGCAUAAGUUUCACUUCACAGAUGGUCAAAACAUGCAUGAUCACAUUACGAGAGGUAGAAGGUUGAAACGCACAUAACCUAAUUACAUUUUCUACACUCCAUUCAUUUUUACUGGAAGUGCAAACAAACAUCGGCCACAUAUAGACAACAGCGCCUGUGUAAUAACAACCUAGACAUUUAGGAUUGUAGCCUCCUCCUGUUGCCUGCAAUAAUAAAAUGUUAAAGAAUGCAGGUGGCAACAAUUGAAGGCGAAAAUGUUUUUCCUGAAACACUGCACUUGCAUAAGUUUCAUGUCACAUGAUUAAUGAUUAAAACACACAUGAUGAGUUUAGACCUAUAAUAGAAUACACAAACAUGCAUUACCAAACUGCAUUCUCAGCAUUCUAUUCACUGUUAGUAAAAGUCCAGACAAAUCAUUGCUAGAUAUGGUGCAUGCAUAAUGACAACCCGGGGCCGGUUGCUCGAAGCCUGGUUAGUGCUAACCGUUGGUUAAGAGGUAUCAAAAUGUAUCGGUUUCCAUGGUAUUUAACACUGGUUAGCACUAACCAUGCUUCAAGCAACCCGGGCCUGGAGAUUAGCAUGCAUGCUCCUCUUGUUGGACACAAUAUAUAUCUUUCUUAUUCUAGACAAUAACAUUUAAUAAUAGAUUUUCACCAUUUUAAUCAUCCACUUCAGUAAUGUCUUUUUCAAUAUUUAUUUUAACUAAUUCAUUGUAUUAGUGACCUCUUCACUAAUGCAAGUAUCAACAUUAUGCCUGACAGGCAUGACAAUAGACUGAACUGGAGUGUAACAAUCUGUCCCAACCCGAUGUGGCAAAUUUUAACAAAAUUUGAACAUAACAAAAAGUUGACCACACAAUCAGGAAAGUUCAACUCAGCACUACUAAAACUUGUUGGCACCCCAAAAUUCAGAAAUAGAAAGCAUUGUUACGUUACUAUACUACAUUACUACAAGGAAUUUUCCGUGAUGUUUCACAACAAAACUGUCCUGCAGUUUCCAUCCAGAGUUACAAUAUACAGAAUUUCUACAAUUUUGAAUUCCUUUCAAGAUCCAACCAAAUAGAAAACAAGACUGUGGUCUAACAAACAUUAAAACGACCACAAUGCCAUACUCUCAACAUUGAGAUGAUCACUGCACAACUUCACAACAUCAACAAACAAUUCAAUGUUCACAGCAAGACCUUUUUUUGACCAACCUUUGCCUUAGCGAAUAAACUUCGAAAUAGCCACUUCAUUAAAUAAUCACCUAUUGUUUCAUUUCCUGGAAUAACAUAAGUAGAAAUCACUAUUUUCGCAUGAUUUCAAUGAUGUUAGGAUAUCAAUUUUAACAUUGAAUGAUCCAUCAUUUUUAUUGCAAAUGUUACAAAAGGAGGUAAUUUCUUAAGAUCGUUUGAGCAAAGCAAUCUUGUAAACAAUGUGCGUUUUUCACCUACAAAUAGUAAUAAGGGCAAAGUCCAACAUGUUCACGUGCAAAUUCUGGGCAUCACUUAUUUCGAUAAUCCUGUUUACUAGAUUACUGUCUUAUAACUCGAAUUCCCUCAUGUACAAACGAGCAAGGCAGGCAAAGUCCAACAUCUUCACGUGCAAAUUGUGUGCAUAACUUAUUUUUGGAAUCUUGUUUACUAGAUUACUACGCUUAACUCGAAUUCCGUCACGCACAAACCUCGAGCGGGAGCAGAGUCCAACACUCUCACGUACCAGCUCUGUAACUGAAGAUCUCAUGCAGAUUCGCUAUUCACAGUAAUACUCAAUUUCGGAGAAAAAAAAACAAUAUAUAUUUACGACAAAAAAGAUACAUUCAUCUUUCUUCGUCAAUGACACUAAACAACUAAAAAUAGCUGCUCCAUGUUAAACAAGCCUAUAUUAAAGUAUCUCUUACAAUCAAAACAGCUCCACUUUCAUUGGCCAACAUUCCUGUCAGAAAUAAGGCAAUUACAAUAAACCUGCUCAUUGGAGGAUUUCGAUCCCUACUUUUUACGUUGCUCGCAGCUUUCUCUUUUGAUACAAUACAAAACAAGUAUCAAAAGGGCAAACUCCAACAUCUUCACGUGCACGCAUUUACAAUGCACGUGAUCUAACCAUGCCCAUACAUUGAAAUCCUCCAAUCAUCACAUCAACUAUAAUUAACUCUUUCCUCACACCAACGUUAACCAAUUAAACUCCACCAAUUUCCAUCCUACAAAAACAACCAUCAAAAGAACAAAGUUCAACAUCUUCACGCGCAUGCAUUUUAUAAUGCACGUGAUCUAACAAUGCCCAUACAUUGACAUCCUCCAAUCAUCACAUCAACUAUAAUUACCUGUUUUCUCAGAGGAACGUUAACCAAUCAAACUAUACCAAUUUCGAUCCCACUAAGUACUAUAAAAGGACAAAUUUUUGCACCCGCCCUUGUCUUAUCUUUGACCUAUUGAUCGAUGUUCAUCGCUUUAUUGUCUGCGCUUCUGAUCAUUAUGUCACGCCCGAACAAACCCAAACUAAAGACAAAAGCUUCAAACACUUCACUGUCCUUGAACGUUCAAAGCUCCUGCACUGGUGUUGUAACUGAAAAGGUCAAGUCUUCACAAAGCUCACACUCCUUGAACCUCCAAAGUUCCUCAGUUGCUCUUCAAAAUGCAAACCUAGACCAUUCACAACUGACUUCACAUGCGUUGAACCACCAAAGCCCCUCAACUGCUGCUGGAAGUGCAAAGCUAAAGCCUUCAGAAACUUCAGUCUCUCUCGACCUCCAAAACACAUCACUUACUACUCAACCUGCUGUAACUAACUCAGUGGCCAUUGAACCUCCUCUGAACAAUGAAGCCUUUCCAACUGCACAUCAUCAAAAUAAACCAGAGCUUCUACCGACUUUCCCAUCGAAAGAUACGCUCGCAAUACAGGAUAAGGAGAAACCUUCUACAUCCUCUUCAAACAAGCGACCAACUUCUCCACUCAUCACCUACGUCCAAAACCUGUCUCCUAUCAAACGUAGUAAGAGAGGAUCCACACCUUACUUCAACAUAAAACUUCAGACAGCUCUUGCAACCCAGCCUGCUGUUAACUUCUCACGCUCUAAGAGAAGUUUCUUCGAUGAGAAAGCGGCAACUAAAACCGCCUUGAAAAUCGAAAGAUACAAUACUUCACAAGACGGCCGCACGAUUUUCAUUAACGACAUGACUAGGCUCUCUUCCCCAGCAACAUCCGAAUACAACUUCCAGUUCGUAGAAAGCUAUAACAGCAACACAUUGACAUUACAGUCAAUCCUUCAGAAUGCACUAGACAUGGACAUGAUCGACAUCAUAGCCAAAGUCGUAUACAAAGAUAAAGAAAGUCAAAUUGUUGGCUCUAUGAAACUAAAGAAAAGCACAUGCUACACUGCCGACGAAACCGCCAACUCUAAGCUGAUCCUAUGGGAGAAUAACAUUGACGACGUAGAUGUUGGUGAAGUCUACUGCUUUAACCAAAUAAGACUGCGGAGAGAUAAAGAAACAGUCGUACUCAAUAGUACUAGGGACACAGUAAUUACUAAGAAACUAGAUUCAGACUUGACAAACCUAGUAUCAGAGAGUAUUACUCCAAGAGAUGAAUCUAUGGAACUCUCUUUGAAAGUAGAUUACAUUUAUUCUAUACAAGAAUUGUCUCGCUUCAAGCAGUGCCUUCAUUGCCAGAAAAAGAUCCAACAGGUCACUGCUUCAGCAAUUGUUAAAUGUGACCACUGUGGCCACGUUCUAAGAAAUUCAGUUUGUAAAGAAAAUUUGAUAGUCAAAUUUCUCGUCAAGAAAAGUUACGAGUCAGAUGCCGAUUUUGACCAUUUUGUAGUAUUUCACAAAGUUCUUGCUCAAAUCAUUGGGACCAAUGUUAAUGCAAUGGAUGAUGAAAUGAUCUUUGAAAAAUUGCUACAACUUGAUAAUUUCACCAUCUUUUAUAACCGCCAAAAUAUUGUCAAACGCGUCGAAAUCUAG